AGCGGGGCGGCCCCGGCAGAGCGGCGCAGGCGGGCUCCCCGCGGGCCGGGCCGCAGCAGCAUGGGGCUGGAGCUGUACCUGGACCUGCUCUCGCAGCCCUGCCGCUCCAUCUACAUCUUCGCCCGCAGCAACAACAUCCCCUUCGAGUUCAAGCAGGUGGAGCUCUUCAAAGACUCGGUGCUGGGGAAGAAGCCGGCGGCGGGGAGCGGCGCGGAGCAGCCCCGCGCAGGGCCAUCAAAUAGUGAGGGAGCUGGCAAAGUCAACCUCUUGAAGAAAGUACCAGCGCUAAAGGAUGGAGACUUCACGCUAGCAGAAUGCACUGCCAUUCUUCUGUAUUUGAGUCGAAAGUACAACACUCCUGACCACUGGUACCCAUCAGACAUACAAAAACGGGCCCAGGUAGAUGAAUACCUCUCGUGGCAUCACGCUAACAUCCGGGCUAAUGCUCCUAAGACCAUGUGGAUCAAGGUGCUGAUUCCUCUCUUCACAGGGCAGCCACUGCCCUCCGAGAAGCUCCAGGAGGUUAUGGAGGGGCUGUCCACUUCCCUAAAGCAAUUUGAGGAGAGGUUUCUGCAGGACAAGGCUUUUAUCAUCGGGAGUGAGAUCUCCCUGGCAGAUCUUGUGGCCAUUGUGGAGCUGAUGCAACCUGUUGGAGUUGGUUGCGAUGUCUUUGAAGACCGACCUAGGCUGAUGGAGUGGCGCAGGCGGGUGGAGGAUGCUGUGGGGAAAGAGCUUUUCUUCCAAGCCCAUGAGAUGAUCCUCAAUAUCAAAGAAGUCAGCAACAUUCAAAUUGAUCCACAGCUGAAAGAGCAUCUGGCACCUGUGUUGAUGAAGAUGUUGAAAUGAAUUAACCUACCUUGAUUUUUCUUGCCCUUUGGUUUUGGGUUUUUUUUUCUUUCUCUGACCUCCAGUUCUACAUGUUACUGGAAAGAGCACUGUAAUUCUAACACAGAAAUUGCAGAGUGUUUCCUCCCCUGCCAGGCCUUUUCUGCGUCUUUGGGGGUGGAAGCUGGGGAAGGUUCAAGACUUGAACCAUUAAAUUUAUACAGAAGGCUGAGGCCCUACAGGUUUCUUAACAUGUGCAUCUGGGUUUUAUUUCAGUGUCAGUCUUCUCAGAGAUGGUAGAGAUGUGAACAGUAUUUCCUGACAAAAUUUGAACCAGUCUACAAACUGGUAACAUUAGAGAACCGUAUAGGAUGAGGAUCAUGGGUUUCAUGUGUUUUAACAUUUGCAGGUCCUUCUCAAGUGGCAAGCACUGCGAAGCAUGCCUGAUCCUCACCUUCCCAGCUUAUCUGCACAGACAAGUACAGCACAAAACUACAGGCAGUCAUAAAAGUGAAAAAAUACUUUUUUUUUAAGUUUCUUAUUGCUGAGACAUCUUGCUUGGCUGUCCAUGUACAUUCCACACUUACGUUUGCCUUUAGGUUCCUGUGGGGAAGUUUCUUCAUAUUCAUUUACAACUGUGAAUCUUUGUAAUUCUUGGUUUAACCACUACUUUUGAUUUCUGAAAGCCUGGGGUUUGUUGGUGCUUAAUCUGCCAGUACACAUUUGGCAGGGUUUUUUCUAAUGAUUUGUGCAGUAAAGACCAAGCCACUUCAGAAAGCUGAUGAUGCCACAGCCUCCAAAUAAUUGCCUACCUAGAAUACUCUAUGCAUAUUAUAUAGGGAAUACACUGAAAGAAUGCAUUCACAGUGAUUUCUUGAAAGAGAAUGUAACAGCAAUCAGAUUUUUUUUUUCUGCAGUAAUACUGUAAUAGCAAUCCACAUUUCUCCUAGAAAAUGCAGAGGGAUAAUAAAUCAAGACAUGCUCUUCUGAGACUGUUUUGGAUGGAAGUUCACAAAGUCAGUCACCCUGUGCAGCUGAAGUAAUAAGAGAGAUUUUGUGGCAUUGAGCAACAUAUGCAUCACAAUAAAAGGGCAGAGAGUUGUUUUGGAGCUUUUGGGCUCUUUUUCUUGGCUGUGUUUAUUUUUGGUUAGCUGUAGCUCAAAUACAAAACCCUUUUGUAUUGCAGCACAAUUUACGAGGUUGAAAACAGCAAAUUAUAAAGGAUGCAGAAACUGGUGGACUAUAUAUCUGCAUAUUUCCAUUCCUAAGUAGUUGUUGCCCUUGAACCUUUCCCUAAAAUCCUUGCCUAAGAACUCUGUCUGUAAGAAUAUGAAAAAACAAGUAAAUAAUUCAGGAAUUGCUUCUCUCGGUAAUCAAAUCGUUUCUUUUCUUUCCAGUGCUACUAUGUCUUGGCUAGUGAUGUGUCUGCUGGUGAGUUCUAUAAAACCUGAUUUGUUCUGGUGAUGUUUUUCACUAAGGUUUCAGUUCUAGAUACUACUGAUGUAGUCCAGAGCUUAUGGAGAUCUUGAAAUUCCCUGUCUGGAAGGAGGACAUUAUAUACUUCAGCUUGCACUAGCAGGAAAUUUUGUUUUGUGAUUAUGUUCUCUGUAGAGACAAGAGACCUGACUGAAGACCCUUUCUUUUAAUGAACCAAACUACUAGAAACAGGCACAUGUUUAUUCCCACCCUUUUUUUCUUUUCUUCCCAGACAUUAGCUGAAUAAUACGUUUUUAUUGAUGUUUUAUUCACAAAAUAUUGUCUACAAUUGAGUUAAAUUUUAAGUGGGAAGUCAUUGAUUUUAUAAAUAAUUUUUGAGAGUGGAAUUGCUUAGUGGAUGAUGACACAUGCACAUGUCUGCAGGAAGGAAAAAGCUACCAUGAUUUUCCAAAGGCUAAGCAUGUUUGAGACUACUUGCUGCUGUGCUGUUCUGUCUUGGUUCUAUGUUCAUUCCCCUACAUGCAUUUUAAUCGCCUGCUCCAAGACAGAAACAAUAAACCAAAUGUCUUCAGUUUGUGAGGCCUUGGAACAAUCUGCCAUUCACAUGGUGAACCAUCAAGAGCGAAGGACAAUGCAUAUCAUUAAAAAUGUUUGUGACGGUC